AUAACACAGGUGCAUCAGGGUGGGCCCCACAGCGCUUGCCACCAGGGAUAUCCCUGAUGGAAGGGUCACCAUACAAUCAAUCCGCUUCCGUAGCGCUGGCGCCCAUAGAUAGUAAAAGGGUGAGAGAGAGAGAGAGGGGGGGAAGAAGAAGAAGAAGAAGAAGAAGAAGAUAUGGGGAGGGUAUUUGUGGUGGAACUCCAUGGCAGGAUCUACCAAUGCCAGUUUUGUCGUACCCACUUAGCUGUCGCAGACGACCUCAUCUCCAGGUCUUUCCAUUGCCGCCGAGGGAAGGCGUACCUCUUCAACAAAGUGGUGAAUGUUAGCAUUGGAGCUCAAGAAGAGAGGAUAAUGCAAUCCGGAAUGCAUACCAUUUCAGACAUAUUCUGCUGCUUCUGUGGGCAAGUUGUUGGUUGGAAAUAUGAGGCAGCCCAUGACAAGAGUCAGAAGUAUAAAGAAGGGAAAUUUGUCUUGGAAAGGGGAAGGAUCAUCGAUAAUGUUGACUCAGAAUUCUACCUGGAUACCCGCCCAAGUGUGAGUGAUGCUGAAGACGCUUAGCUGCACCUCUCUUUUCCUGUUGUAUAGAUGGGGCCCAUGAUCCUGUAUUUCAACGGCGAGCCUGUCAUGACUCGGAAAACCCCAAGCAUUUUAAAUAUCUGAGUGCGUGCUCUUUUGAAACAGUGGCGAUGUAUAUGCUUAGAUGCACACAUGCACUGAAAGAAAUUUAGUAGGUGAGGAAGAUAUGCAAUGCAUUACCUUGUGUUUAUUUCCAUGGCCCAAUAAACUAUACAUGUUGGAACUA